CCGGGCCCGGCGGGGACGCUGAGCCCCGCGCCGCUCUUCAGCCCGGGCGCCUACGAGCGCCUGGCGCUGCUGCUCGGCGCCCUCGGGCUGCUGGGCGUCGGCAACAACCUGCUGGUGCUCGUCCUCUACGCCAAGUUCCCGCGGCUCCGCACGCCCACCCACCUCCUGCUGGUCAACAUCAGCCUCAGCGACCUGCUGCUGUCCCUCUUCGGGGUCGCCUUUCCCUUCGUGUCCUGCCUGAGGAACGGCUGGGUCUGGGACGCCGUGGGCUGCGCGUGGGACGGGUUUAGCAGCAGCCUCUUCGGGAUCGUUUCCAUCUCCACCCUGACUGUGCUGGCCUAUGAACGUUACAUUCGCGUGGUCCACGCCAGAGUGAUCAAUUUCUCCUGGGCCUGGAGGGCCAUUACCUACAUCUGGCUGUACUCGCUGGCAUGGUCAGGAGCGCCUCUCCUGGGCUGGAACAGGUACAUCCUGGACAUACACGGACUGGGCUGUGCCGUGGACUGGAAAUCCAAGGACGCCAACGAUGCCUCCUUUGUGCUUUUCCUAUUUCUUGGCUGCCUGGUGGUGCCCGUGGGCGUCAUAGCCCAUUGCUAUGGCCAUAUUCUGUAUUCAGUUCGAAUGCUUCGUUGUGUUGAAGAUCUUCAGACAAUUCAAGUGAUGAAGAUUUUAAGAUAUGAAAAGAAAGUGGCCAAAAUGUGCUUUUUAAUGAUAUUCACCUUCCUGAUCCUUUGGAUGCCUUACAUCGUGAUCUGUUUCUUGGUGGUUAAUGGCUAUGGACACCUGGUCACUCCAACAGUAUCUAUUGUCUCAUACCUCUUUGCUAAAUCAAGCACUGUAUAUAAUCCGAUUAUUUAUGUCUUCAUGAUCAGAAAGUUCCGAAGAUCCCUUUUACAGCUCGUCUGUUUCCGACUGCUGAGAUGCCAGCGGCCUGCGAAAGACCAACCGGCGGUUGGAGGUGAGAUGCAGAUCAGACCCAUUGUGAUGUCACAGAAAGACGGGGACAGGCCAAAGAAAAAAGUGACUUUCAACUCUUCUUCCAUCAUUUUUAUCAUCACCAGUGAUGAAUCACUAUCAGUCCACGACAGUGACAAAGUCAAUGGGUCAAAGGUUGAUGUGAUCCAAGUUCGUCCUUUAUAGGAGUGAAUAAUGAUAAUAAAAGAUGGGACCUUACGUCUGACACCACUUUUAGAUUUCCAUUAUAAGGACUAUUUGGGAGCCAAUCCCCAUUCUGUGUAAUAUCAACAGAACUUUGGUGGCCCAGCAGGAGAUCUGAACCUCCCAUAUGCUCUCUGGUCUCCAGAAGCAAUCAAGCAAGACAAAUUCUUUUAAUUUAAUGGGUGCUUUACAUAAUGAAAAACCAAUUGUGGCACAAGAUGGGUGUCUGGCACCAUCAACUUCCAACACGUUGGAAAUUUUCAUUUCAAAUAUAUUUUUAAAUGACUAUAUUUUCCAAGGCACAUAAUACAUUUUUCUCAAAUACGUAGCUGUGAGAAUAACUUUGUCUCACACACAGGUGUGAAAUAGCUAGAAAAUCUUGAAUGUUCUGUAGUGUUGGGUCCUAUUCAGUCUCACGUCAAAUGUUUGACCAAAUUUAUGAAAGAGACGAUUCUAGGAUGAAAAAGAAAAUCAAUCCCCUAACGUUAUCUGAAACAAAAGACUGUUGCUGUAUGUGUAGUGUGAUAAAGUGGAGCUUCAGAUGAAUGUGCUGCUGAGCAAGCUUUAGAAGACACUACUAAAAAGCAUCACAGCAAAGAAAAUAGGAUGAUGAAUUUCAAGGUAUCCUGCUAUAUAGGUAAUCAUACAUCAGUAGAGGAUGUGCAUGGAGAAGAUGGUGUUGAUGGCAGAUGGGUGUCUCCAUCUAUUUCGUUUCAAACCCGACCAUGGCAGUAUUACUCUGUCCUUUUAAUAAUUGCCCACAAUUUUGCCAAGAGUUCUGCAUUUAGAAAAGAAGUUCCAAGCAAAAAAACCAAACAAACCUACAUUUGAAAGGAGAAGAAAGUAAGUGUAGAAUGUAGUCAUAAAAUGUAUCAUUUAAUCUGUAUUGCUCUUCAGUCAGUUCACUGGAUAAUUAGUGGUCGGUGUUAGUGAAGAGGCCAUUUUUCCAUGUCAUUGUUUAGACUACACAUAGAUUAUUAGAAUUCAAGGAUUUCUUUGACAAUAUAGAAAAUAAACACUGAAUCAUUUUAUUUUAUUGCCUAAUUUUUAUUCUUAGAUGACUAUCCUACUGGUGUUGAAUCUUCAUAGUUAAUUGU